UUUAGUUAAUAUAUAAAGUCAGAGUUAAUACGUUAUAUUUUGUGUCCAUUAGGUUUUAAAGAGUCAACUUAUAAUAAAAUGGACAAAAAAGCAUUAGAUAAUAAAGCUAAUCAGAAGAAUUACAAUAAUGAUGCAUAUUGGAAAACUCGUGGGCACUCAGCGAAACCUAAUAAUUGGAACCAACCAUCCAAGUCAACGAUGUCCAAACAAGAUCAGGAUUAUCGGUCAAAACAACUGAAUCCAAAUAAUAAAGCUUAUUAUGAUUCUCGAAAAAAUUGA